AUGCCCCCUCGUCGGUCCCUUCACAAUCAGCUACUCGAUGAGAUUGAUACUACCACUCUCGAGGUAGUAACAGCCCUGUAUAAUCAUAUCAUGCAAGAUGACUCUGAUUCUGACUCGGAUAUCAUUAUGAACCUCUCCCCACCCUCUCCAAUGUCCCCAUAUGUCUCUGACACUGACACAUCUAGUACUGCCAACUCUAGUGACUCUAGCGAUGUCAUCACAUACUACGCUCGCCUCCUGGGUGCAAUCAACGCUCUUCGUGAUGAAGUUGAGGCUGCAGAUAUCUACAAUCCACCCAAUUGCCCUAUUCCUUGCUGUAAAGAGUAG